UUUUCCUCGACUGCUUUAAACUCUCGUGUCCAACGUGGGUUUGUCAAGAAAAACACACAGACUCCCUCUACAAACAAGAAAAGUCCUAAAAUUUGAUCGCCGGCACGGCGGCGCCUGCGUUAGUGGCUUUCAAUGGCAGCGUUGAAAGUCUUCGCGUUCACUGUAUUCCUUUCCCUAAUUGUCGCCCGUAUCGGAGUUGACGCUGAUGCCUCAAUCUCAGACGUCGAUAACGAGGUCAAAGACCCCAGAUCGGAGGGUCCUGAUUCAUCCAUCCUGGAGCAGUUCAAGUCCAAGAUCCAUAGUCUCGAAUCACAUGUCGAGGAGAGAAUUCAAGAACUAAAAGACAAAGAUGAAUUGAUUGUUGCUAAAGAGAAGUUAAUCAAAGAAAAGUCAGAUAGCAUUGCAUCACUGGAGAAUGAGAUUGCCUCUCUACAAAGAAAGGGAAAAUCAGAUGCUGCAGAACAGGUGGGAAAGGCACACGCAAGAGCCGGUGUAUUGGAAAAAGAAGUGGAGAGACUGAGAAAAGAUAUUGAUUUGAAAAUCAAGGAAAUAGAGCUAUUGCAGACCGGGGUUAGAGAAGCUGAAAGAAAGGGUUCUGAUCUGAAUUCUAAAUUUGACAGACUUCAAAAGAUCAUUGAUGAUCAGAAAACUAAGAUACGGAAAACUGAACGUGCCCUUCAAAUCGCCGAGGAAGAAAUGAUGAAGGCAAAGUUUGAAGCAGCAUCCAAGAUCAAGGAGUUGAUGGAGGUUGUUGAAAAGAAGGCCCAAGCUGAAGAGUGGGCUGCACCACAUGUAGAAACUAUUAAAACUAAAUGGGUACCAGCUGUUCAAGAACAGUGGGCUGUGAUAACCACUAAAGUUGAACCGCAUGUUCGAACUUUGACAACUAGGGCUGUUGAGUUCUACAAAGUAUCAAAGGAUGCUGCAACUCCUCACAUCAUUAAAGUUCAGGAAGUUGCAUAUCCUUAUUUUCAGGAACUGAGGAAACAUAGUAAACCAUACAUUGAUCAGGUUGCCACAGCUGCAAGACCUCAUGUUGAUAAAUUGCACACUGUUUUAAAGCCGUAUACUCAGCAGGCGGUUCAUGCUUAUGGAAAGUUCCUUGAAUUGGCAACUACAUAUCAUUCUCAGGUACAAGAUGUAGUUCACGAGAAACUGAAGAGUCACGAGCUCACAAGACAUCUUGCGACGAAAGAGUUAGUUUGGUUUUCUCCACUUUCGGCAGUAAAAAAAAGCCAAGAAAGCCGGUCAGAACUGGUAAUGCACACAAUUCUCGUCGCAAAGGAAAACGUGUACACUCAGACAAAUGAACCCAGUAAAUGCACUUAUACUGUUCUUAUCACAAGGGUAGUGUGGUCUUUUCCUUCAUGGGUGGAGAGGUUAAGAGAUCUAUGUGCUCAAAGUAUGCUGUUCGUCUUCGAGUGUUAGCACAUGUCAGUUUGUUAUAGCACAAAAAUAUUAAUGGUAAGUGAGAUCAGUGUAAUUUUGUGGAUGCGUUUUCGUGUAGUUUUAAAAAUUGAUAGUUUGGGUGUUUAUUGUAUCAUGGCAUUUGGUAUUCCACGUACUUUUGUGUUUUCUAGACUGUUGAAGCCUGGAUUUGAGCCGCUCGUCAACUGCCUUUAGUUCCAAGUGCUCGUUUUUGUGGCUAAAAAUAUACAUUUGCUCGUUGUAAUGUUACAUUUAUGUAAACCGAGGAUUUUUUUUUUUUUCUGAAAUUUAUGUAUCUCGAGACGACUAUUUCUAGAUUCUUUUAUUCAUUUCUUUUGUUUUCUUUUAUUUUUAAUACGAUUUUAGCAAUGUUUUAAAACCUAUCAACAGAUCAAUAGUUCACCCAUGGAUCAUUUGGUCAAUAGCAAAACAAGAUAAAUUAAGUUUUUACUGUUAUAAUAUAUGUGCAUG